CAUUUUAAUCAAACUUCAAACAUUUCAAAAUUAUUAGCGCUAAACGUUUUCGUUAACAUUUUCAAAAUUCAAAAACCACUAAAAAACUAAAAAUUCUAAUUUAUUCACCUUGCUGCAAAUCCAAAAACCAAGAAAUCACAAAAUAUGAGCUCGAAAAAUAUUGAUAACAGUGAGGAAGUAAACAGCGUGAACAGCGGGUCCUCAUCAUCCACAAGUAAAAUAAAGUCCGCCACCAGCAGCAGAGUGCGGCACUCCCAAAAGCUCAGUUGGAUACCUUCAACUGAGAAGGAAACGUACCGCACAGUUGUGGUCAACUAUCGCUACGCCAAAAUGGACAAGAGCUAUCCACGAUGCACGAGCUCUUUUUCGAAGAGGAAACACUGGGAUCGCAUGAUUGCUGCCAUGACCGCUACACAAAAUAGCGAUGCGGAGGAAGACGAUGACGAUGAUGCACCUAAUUUACGUCGACUUUACGAUUGUGCCAAAGAAGAUUUAGACAUGUACGAAACACCGGAUACCCCAAUGCCUUCUUGCGAGAAUAUAACCGCGUCAUGCGCGGCGCCCACAAAUGAAGCCAUCAAGUUGGAGGUGUACUGUUUGCCAGUAGAGCAAGAAGCUGCAGUAGAAGAACCGCAACUGAAUACAAUUGAGGAAAGUGAAGUCGAAUCGGUGACACUACGUGAUGAGGAUUACAAUGAUGAUGAGGAUAAAUCACAAGAGUGUGAACCGAUCUACGAAGCAACCGAUAACUCAAUGGAAACUGCAUCUUGUCCGACAUGUACCGAUUUUGUACUUCUGGGAGAUAAUGGCAUUGAUGAAUUGCAAGACUUCAAUGCCGACUUUUGUUGUGCUAUGACCAAGGAUAAAGGGGAUGGCACUGAAGGGACGUGCAUCAUCAAGAACAUCACAAAAGCGACACAGAACCCCGAACGUCAUAAUGAACGUUUGCAAACGACACGACUAUCGAGAAAGCGCGUAAGGAAUAUGCCCAGUCCUAAAAAUGAUGAGAAUAGUUUGCAGUUAACGAUCGCAGAAAUACCCAAAGAUUCGAGUAAUUCGAAGUGCGCACCUCCUCAGGGCGGAUUUCGUCAGCGUCAACAGGAACUGCAUCGAUAUCGUAUUGCUGUGGAGCAAAAACGUUUGGAAUUACUCGAGGUGAAGUUGCAGCGCGAACGCGAAGAAAUGCUGCGUGAAGAAAUACUCUUCGAAAAGGAGUUCGAACUUAAGGCAACACAACUGAAACAACUCAUCGAUGAUAAAACCGUUGACAUAUUGUGAGGUUAUGUACGAUGGAAAACUGAUAAUGGGGAAGAGCACGAUGAAAAAAGAUAAAUAAGUAAAAUAAGCUAGAAAAAAUUAGCAAUUCAAAACAUGAAAUUUUGUAAAAAAUACCAGUUGAAACAAGCAGUUUAAACCUUGAUAUAACAAAAUUUUAAAUUUUAUAAAAACACUAGCGUACCCUCGCCUGCUUCGCUAGGCGAAAAAUUCAAUGAUUUGCUGAAAG